UUCAGAUUUUUGGGGGGUGAGGGGCUGGCCUUUUUUGUUCUGUUGGAGAAUUCUGCUUGAACGGUGAGCAGGAGCACAACAGACUGACAAGAAAUCACCUCGCCGCGGCUAUCGGCCAGAUAACGGUGCUGGGAGGGACUGCACUGCCCCGCGGAGGAAGAGUGGUCCGAAAUUAGACGGUCUCGCCCUCCAGCUCUCCCGUUACUACCUCCAGGGUCAACGGGCAGGCAAGCGACUGCCAGCUAUCACCGUUAGCCUCAACUCCUCUGCGGGUCUGGGGGUUCUGGUGGUUGCAGGGGGCGGGGGUACACCGACAGGGGAGAAGACUACACGCCGAGAGGAGGGGGCUGGAAGUCUGAGACGCUUCCAGCCUGAAGGGGCCGGCGGUUUGGCCACAACACCCCGGACCAACUAGCUUGUACCCGCGCGGCUAAGUGAAUGGGAUGGAGCCGGGACCGUCUGGCGCUGUGCCCAUGGGGGCCUUCCCCCCACCCCUGCAGCAGGUGUUCCAUGCCCCCCGCCGGCCAGGCAUGGGUACCGUGGGCAAGCCCAUCAAGCUGCUGGCCAACUACUUCGAGGUGGAGAUCCCAAAGAUGGACGUCUUUCACUACGAGGUUGACAUUAAGCCCGACAAGUGCCCACGGAGAGUCAACAGGGAGGUGGUGGAAUACAUGGUGCAACACUUCAAGCCCCAGCUCUUUGGCGACAGGAAGCCGGUGUAUGACGGCAAAAAGAACAUCUACACGGUGCUAGCACUUCCUAUUGGGAGUGAGAAGGUGGAUUUUGAGGUAACUAUCCCAGGUGAGGGCAAAGACCGAAUCUUCAAGGUGUCCAUCCGUUGGCUGGCCAAAGUGUCAUGGCGCCUGCUGCAGGAGACUCUGGUCAGCGGUCGGCUGCAGGUCCCCCUCGACUCGGUUCAAGCCCUGGACGUGGCCAUGCGCCACCUGGCCUCUAUGAGGUACACUCCAGUGGGCCGUUCAUUCUUCUCCCCACCUGAAGGAUACUACCACCCACUGGGUGGGGGGAGGGAAGUCUGGUUUGGCUUCCACCAGUCUGUGCGCCCCGCCAUGUGGAAGAUGAUGCUUAACAUUGAUGUGUCCGCCACAGCCUUCUACAAAGCCCAGCCUGUAAUCGAGUUCAUGUGUGAAGUUUUGGACAUCCGCAACAUCGACGAGCAGCCUAAGACUCUCACUGACUCGCAAAGGGUCCGCUUCACCAAGGAGAUUAAAGGUGGGCUACUGACAGGCCUGAAGGUAGAGGUGACCCACUGCGGCCAAAUGAAGAGGAAGUAUCGCGUAUGCAAUGUCACCCGACGACCUGCAAGCCACCAAACGUUUCCCCUCCAGCUUGAAAGUGGGCAGACAGUCGAAUGUACCGUGGCCCAGUACUUCAAGCAGAAGUACAACCUGCAGCUAAAAUACCCACACCUGCCCUGUCUACAGGUGGGGCAGGAGCAGAAGCACACCUACCUGCCUCUGGAGGUGUGUAACAUUGUAGCAGGUCAACGAUGCAUCAAGAAACUGACAGAUAAUCAGACCUCCACUAUGAUCAAAGCCACGGCUCGCUCCGCGCCCGACAGACAAGAGGAGAUCAGCAGGCUGAUGAAGAAUGCUAACUUCAACCUGGACCCGUACAUCCAGGAGUUUGGGAUCAAAGUGAAAGAUGAGAUGGCUGAGGUGACGGGCAGAGUGCUUCCAGCCCCUAUCCUGCAGUAUGGAGGACGGAACCGUGCUAUAGCAACCCCCAACCAGGGAGUGUGGGACAUGAGGGGGAAGCAGUUUUAUAACGGCAUCGAGAUCAAAGUUUGGGCGAUUGCUUGCUUUGCCCCCCAGAAACAGUGCAGAGAGGAGGUGCUAAAGAACUUCACAGACCAGCUGCGUAAGAUCUCCAAGGACGCUGGGAUGCCGAUUCAGGGGCAGCCAUGUUUCUGUAAAUACGCCCAGGGAGCGGACAGCGUGGAGCCCAUGUUCAGACACCUGAAGAACACCUACUCUGGACUGCAGCUCAUCAUCGUCAUUCUGCCGGGGAAGACUCCUGUCUACGCUGAGGUAAAGCGUGUGGGCGACACCCUCUUGGGCAUGGCCACGCAGUGUGUCCAGGUGAAGAACGUGGUGAAGACGUCACCUCAGACCCUCUCCAACCUCUGCCUCAAGAUCAACGUGAAGCUGGGAGGCAUCAACAACAUCCUGGUGCCUCACCAACGGUCUGCAGUGUUUCAGCAGCCGGUUAUCUUCCUGGGAGCAGACGUCACGCAUCCCCCUGCUGGUGAUGGCAAGAAGCCCUCCAUUACUGCUGUGGUAGGCAGUAUGGAUGCUCAUCCCAGCAGAUACUGUGCCACAGUGCGAGUCCAGAGGCCCAGACAGGAGAUCAUUGAAGAUUUGUCUUACAUGGUGCGUGAACUGUUGAUUCAGUUCUACAAGUCGACCCGGUUCAAGCCCACCAGGAUCAUUUUCUACAGGGAUGGAGUUCCUGAGGGACAGUUGCCACAGAUUCUCCACUACGAGCUCCUGGCCAUCAGAGAUGCGUGCAUCAAGUUGGAGAAAGACUAUCAGCCAGGCAUCACCUACAUCGUGGUGCAGAAACGCCACCACACACGCCUCUUCUGUGCUGACAAGUCUGAAAGGAUUGGGAAGAGUGGGAAUAUUCCUGCAGGGACAACAGUGGACACCAGCAUCACUCAUCCCUUUGAGUUUGACUUCUACCUGUGCAGCCAUGCAGGCAUACAGGGAACCAGCCGGCCGUCUCAUUACUACGUCUUAUGGGACGACAAUCGUUUCACGGCUGAUGAGUUGCAGAUUCUCACCUACCAGUUGUGCCACACUUACGUGCGCUGUACCCGCUCUGUCUCCAUCCCUGCACCAGCCUACUACGCUCGUCUUGUGGCCUUCCGUGCCCGCUACCAUCUGGUGGACAAAGAGCAUGACAGUGGAGAGGGCAGCCACGUGUCCGGUCAGAGUAACGGUCGGGACCCCCAGGCGCUGGCUAAAGCUGUUCAGAUUCACCAUGACACCCUGAGGACCAUGUACUUCGCCUGAGCUCCACCGACCCUCACCACCAUCGACCCCUCCCACCUCAUUUCUACCUGAGUGGGCACACCGCCCACCACCACCUCAUCCCCAUCCCUUAUUCCCAAUGACUGCCCACCACACAUACGCCACAGACCUGCCAGUCAUUCACCCAAGUCGAACAAACAUAAGGCGUUCACCUGUUAAACACAGGCAGACUCUACAGCCUCAUGCACUCAAACCGUUAUGAAUAUUAUUUUUUGUUGCGUUUUAUUUACCAGGACUAUUUUUAAACGUGGCUAUUAUUAUGUAACUGUAUUUGUACGAUACCUUCACACUCCAGUGUAUGUAAGUAUGCAAUACGGAUGGGAGGAAAAUAGGCGGGGGGGGGGAAGUCACAAAAAACUUUUUUAACUGCCACCACGAUACUGCCUCUUUACCCAUCCGAAUGCCGGACGCCAGUGUUCCAAGCCCCUUAGUUCGGGGAUCCUCCAGAUGGGUCGUACAUGUAUCAUUUUAUCGUUGUCAUGAACUACAUUCAUGUUUUUAAUGUUUUUGAAUAAUGUUAUUUUUUUAAACUGCCUUGAGGAGUCUGAGGUAUGGUACACUAGCACUUAGAGGUAGCAUGUAGGUGCUACCAGUCCUGCACAUAAGAGUUUGUUAGUACAUGAGAGGCUAGCCCUCUGGUCUUUAUAUUAGCGGAGACAGAAAGCGCAGGUGUAGCACGUCGUAGAUACAGGAGAGCAGUCCUGCCGCACGCUCUGUGCUGAUUGGUCAGUCCCUUAGAGAUUUAGCCUAUAGUGGCAAGCUUAGCAUAACAAUAGAGGGCCCAUUUGCAUAGAGUGUAUCAAAUAUACUUGCACCCCAAGCACCUAAACCAGCAUUAUUAACCAGCCAAAAGUGAUGCCAACCAAUGGAAGAGGGGCACUUAAACAGGAAGAUUAAACGUUCGUUUCUGUAUGCGUUGCUCUUUUAGGAUAUACGAGGCACUUUUUUUAUUUACUUAUUGAUUUAUUUCACUUCAAAAUAGUGGGACUUGUCUGUUCUGAGGCUUGACGCAGACUACUUUGAAGUUUUUACACCAACACCUGCAUAGCUUUCAGAACAAAUAGGUAACUAAGGCAAUAGGCAAGGUCAACACUCUGUACAUUUGAAUGCAGGCAAAUAUAAAGUCUGUGAUCACUUAAGUGCUGCAAAGCUGAACUCGCAUUCAGCAAAUUGACCUUGCUCCGAUCAUUGUGCACAUUCCAACAUGCAUCAGUGGAGAUGACGCCACACAGUGCACUCUAAUCUUCCUGCGCACUUCUUUGCGCACCUUUACACACCUAUUCCCAUUUUUACAAAGUUUUUUCCUCUGCAGGCAUUUACAACUCUUAGCCUGAAUAGCAGAUUCACACACACACACACACACACACACACACACACACACACACACACACACACACACACACACACAUAUCUGCCCUCUCCGUCUCUUUCUUAGCAUGUAGAGACCAACCUCUUCAAAUGCACUUGUUCCCUUAUUCCCCUCUAAGCCAAACUGUCACUGAUCACCACCAUCACCUUCUAUCCUUGCUGUGUAUCCUCACUUUUAACAUCACACACCUGCAGCAUCCCCUGCCCCAAUCCCCUAGCUUGUGUUAGCCAAUCCCCAUUGGUGCUCUGUGUGCAUGGGCUGCACAGAUAGGGGAUUGCUACAUUGGACAGGGCAGGCCAGUAUUACGACUACGUAAUAUGCCCUGCCCUUACAUCUAGUCACUUUCUGGAUUUAUGAAGAAAAAAAAAUGCAUGUAAUUAUUUUUUAUGAAUAUUCUGAGCCACCUUAUUUUGGUUUACUUAGAGGUAGGAGCCUUGCGCUCGUCACUGCCUGUCAGUUUUCCCUUGAUUGUGUAACGGUUAUAAAGACUGCUUUUUCCUUUGUCACUAUUAUGAUGAUGAUGUGACUAUUGUCAGAGUGUAUCCUCAAGAGGGCACUGUGGAAACGGUCUCAAAAUUCCACAUCAGUUGCCGUGUAAAGCGCCUCAAAUGUUGUCUGAUGGUCAAAGCCCCUUUGAGCUGAAAGGGAUCAAAAGAUAAGAAAUCAGAUGAGUUUGAUUUUUAAAUUAUGUUUAUUAACUUGCAUAAUCAAAAUGCUUUUGUACACCGUUUUACUGAUCCUUCAUUGUGUCCAAGGUGAUUUGUAUAUAUACAUAUAUAAUAUUAACCUGUUAUGUAUUUUGGCUCACCAGUUGCCAGGCCUUUCACAGUUGGGGCCAGUGUUUAACCCCUCAUUCUAUGCUGAAGUAAAAAAAAAAAAAGAAGAAAUAUCAGUCAUGGGGCAUUUUCCAAGAACCACUGAAACCAGAUGCAGUUUUUCACUCACUGAAGCCACAAAGCACCUUGCAAAUGGGGGAGACGAAAUGGCAGUCACCCUGGAAAUGCAUCCUGUGGACACCGGAGAGUCCACUCCUCUCACACAGCCUCACUGUCCGACUAAGCAAUAUUGAAGCCACUGAUCAAGAACAGUCCUUGUCAUAGCACUUCCCAAUAGAUUUGAAUGAAAGGACAUGGAAGCAUAUUGUUUUGGCUCUGUAUGUGAUAGUAUGGGAACUCUGUUGGGGCGGGUUAUUUUUUAAAUAAAAUAAAAUUGUUUUUUAUUA